AGCACAAUUUUGUCAUGUAGAGAUGUGGAGAUGAAAUAUGAUAGAAUCCUAUAUAUAGAGGGAUUAUUUUAUAACAACAUGAUAGAGUAGGUGAUAAAUAAAUAAAUAAAAACUUGGUGAGCUGUUGGUAGGUUCAUUAUCACCAGCAUUGUUCUCUUUUAAAAGGAGUAUAGAUAAUGUUGAAUGCUUCAAGUUUAAAAUGGCAAAAUAACACAGCUGAUUCUUACAUGAGAACCUUAUCUAUUCAAAUGUACAGAUGAUUUUGCUUAGAAUUGGGGAGAAAAUGAAUAUUGCAAAUGAAGUCUGGUACUCUGAUUGGCAUUGAUGAGUUGAUUCACAAGUUUCCUGAAGAAUUUCUAGUCGUGAAGUUUCUGAAAUGACAGGAGAGUUUCAGCCUGUCUAGCAGGAUUGUUUUUUCAAUUAAAAAAACAUAAAACAGAACCAUUCUUAAAACUUUCGAAAUAAAUUUGAAAACUUUUUCUGUGGGAAAUUAUUUUGAUGCAUUGAGGGGAUGUUUUCUCUUAUUUGCAUGUCACUAAAAUUGUUACGAAAAAAAUUUAAAAAAAAUUGAGAAGAUGUAUUAACAUGUGAUAUAUUAUUACACAAACAUACAAGCUCAAAAUCAAUUUCUACAUCUUGCAACGAAAAAACAAUUAAUCGUUGCAAGAUGUAGAAGUUGAAUUUAAACUUACACAUGUUUGUAUAGUGAUAUAUUAAAUGUUAAUAUAUAUUCUUAAUUUUUUUUAUAACCAUAUGUAAACAACGAGAAUCCACUCACACUGUCUGCUUUGGUGAGUGACUCUCAACCAGGUGCGGACGUGUCCUGUGCAUCAUCUUCAAGGUAAGUGUGGCUCCCGAUCGUCCACCUCUCCAAACCAUCCAUCGCACAAAAACCACCACCACACUGUCCGCGCAUGGCGCCCAGCUCUCCAUCUCGUGUCGUGUCCAAGAAACGCUUCCGGCUGCCAUCGCCAUGGCGCUCGCCACCACCUCCUCUCACGCGCUCAGCUGCUACCUGCAUCCCCGACGGCGCCGCCGCGGCAAUGUCGCCGUGUCGCCGCGGUCUGAGGGCGGCGGUGCCCGGAGGAAGGAGGAGGUGGAGAUCGUCAUCGUGGGCGCCGGCGUGGCGGGCCUCGCCACGGCAGCCUCGCUGCGCCGGCUCGGCGUGGGCGCCACCGUGCUUGAGCAGGGCGCGUCGCUGCGCGCCGGGGGCACGUCGCUGACGCUUUUCAAGAACGGGUGGCGCGUGCUCGACGCCAUCGGCGUCGCCGACGAGCUCCGCGCCAAGCACCUCCGCAUCCAAGGCUGACCGGCCGCAGGAUGAAGAUGCGGUCGGCGUCGUCUCCGGCGUCGGCGGCGGGCGGCGUCCUCCGCGAGUUCUCCUUCGAGGAGGAGGCCCCGGGUCAGGAGGUCCGCGCGGUGGAGCGGCGCGCGCUCCUCGAGGCGCUGGCGUCCAAGCUGCCGCCGGGCGCCAUCUCCUUCUCGUCGAAGGUGCGGCGCGUCGCCGUCGCCGGGCAGCAGCAGGGGCCCGGCGGCGCCACCGAGCUGGAGCUCGAGGACGGGAGGCGGAUCGUCGCCAAGGUGGUGGUCGGCUGCGACGGCGUGAACUCGCCGAUCGCGCGGUGGAUGGGCUUCUCCGAGCCGAGGUACGUCGGCCACAUGGCGUUCCGCGGGCUCGCGCGCUACGACGGCGACGGCGGGCAGCCGUUCGAGGCGAAGGUGAACUACAUCUACGGCCGCGGCAUGCGCGCCGGUUUCGUCCCCGUCUCACCCACCCGUGUCUACUGGUUCAUCUGCUUCAAUCGACCAAGCCCAGGGCCAAAGAUCACGGACCCGGCGGCGCUCAAGAGGGAGGCGCUGGAGCUCGUCCGCGGGUGGCCGGAGGACCUCCUCGCCGUGAUGCGCGACACCCCGGACGACGCCGUGGUGAGGACGCCGCUGGUGGACCGGUGGCUGUGGCCGGUCCUUGCCCCACCGGCGUCGAGGGGCGGCGUGGUGCUGGCCGGAGACGCGUGGCACCCCAUGACGCCCAACCUCGGCCAGGGCGCCUGUUGCGCGCUCGAGGACGCCGUCGUCCUGGCGCGCCGCCUCGCCACCGCCGCCGCGAGCGAGGGCGGCGAGGCGAGCUCGUACGGCGAGGCUAUGCGGGCGUACGAGCGAGAGCGGUGGGGGCGGGUGUUCCCGCUGACGGCGAGGGCGGGGCUCGUCGGCGCGCUGGUGCAGUGGGGGAACCCGGCGGUGUGCGCGGCGCGCGACGGCGUGGUGAUCCCGAGGCUGGUCAGGCUCGGCCCCUUCCUCGAGCACACCAACUUCGACUGUGGCCUGCUCGAGCCGUCGGCGGCGGCGGCGGCACCGUCGCCAUGACAGAGCCAAAGCUGUUGUCUGAACAGUGGCGCAACUGCAGCUUUCUCCCACACUCACUCUCUCGCUUCAAUGUAACUACUGUAUUGGAUAGUGGAUACAAAUUUCAAUGCUAGCAUUUUCUAACUAUUGUUAGACAAACAUUUGCAAUAAUGUGAGAAAAGACAUUACCAAAA